UCACAGGGUAGACCGCAAAGGAUCAAUUUACCAAUGGUUUCAAUUCCACAGUUUCUCAACGACUCAGAGCCACGCUCUCCAGAGAGGACGCGCCUGUUUUCAUUGCCGUCGCAGAAAAAUGCGAUGCGACGGAGUACGUCCUGUAUGUGGUCCCUGUACUCGAGCGCGUCGACCCGAUGACUGCCAGUAUACGGACAAUCAAGGACGCUCUCGAAUGGAAAUAUUGGAAGAAAACAUUAGUCGCGUCCAGGCGCGUAUUCAAGAACUAGAGCACCCCACAAGCUCCGAAGCCUCGAUUACCUUACACUCGCCUUACACACAAGCUGCAAUGAAUACUACAGGGCCGUCUCGCGUCUCUACUCCGUCACCUUUUGGUCCUCGGGGUCCACAGCCAAAUGCUCCUCGACAGAACUGGUGGAUGUUACCCGAACCUCCCUCUGAAUUGAAAGUGACUUUGGUUGACAAAUUUCUAUUUUUUGCGUCCGAGUUCGGGUUUUUCCUUCAUCCGGCACGUUUCCGAGCUUCUGCUCUUCUGUCGUCACCUAUAGGACAUCGUUCCCGUCCUUUACCCGCGUUACUGACGACUGUUUAUCUUUGGGGGACUAAACUCUCAGGCUCGUCGACAUCGACAGAGAUCGAGAGAACACUCUUGGCUCGUGCAUUAUCACAGGUCUCCGGUUCCCUCGCGGGUAACCAUCCGCACAAAAUAAUACACACAAUACAGACGGAAUAUCUGUUGGCGUAUUAUUUUUUCUCCUCAGGCAGGUUCCUGGAGGGGAAGUACCACGUUACAACGAGUGUUUCACUGGCCGUGAGCUCAAAGAUUGAUAAAAUACGCUCCGAUCAAAUCGAUCCCCGAGAGAAUUUAGUGUUACCAGCAGCGCAGGAUCCUAUAGAGGAAGGGGAGCGAGUUGAUGCAUGCUGGAGCAUGAUAAUUCUUGAUAAGUGCUGGGCGGUAGCCCUGGCGUCUCCAACGAACAAUAUUUGUCCCUCUGAUGAUCCUAAGAUGCAAGUUGACACACCUUGGCCUCUCGAGAUCGAAGAUUACGAGAACGGUGGCUAUCCGGCAGGGAUGAGGGGCAGGCGCACGCUGGACAAUUAUCUCAGGGGUGCAUUGAGCUCCAGAGGUAAUGAGAUGUCGAUGAAGAGCCUUUACGUUAAAGCUUCCUUGCUGUGGGAGCGCUCCAACGAUUUGGUUGGGACCUGGAAAUCGCACAUGAGCUCUCAAGAAUCGGCCGCUUUCUAUGGAACGUUCAAUACCUUGGAUACUCUACUCGAGAGUUUGCGUGUCAAACUUCCACCCCCGAAUCAGAUGGCUAAUCGCACUCCGCCCAAAAUGCGCACCCUGUUUAUCAUCCAUAGCUUAACCUACGCUGCUAUCAUUCAACUACACGCAGUCUUCGCGCAGAAUAUGGCGGAAUCCAAGACGAAGGUUCUCCUCUCAGCUCAAGCCAUUUUUCGCAUGGUUAAUGCCAUCCGUCUUGGCAAUGCCACGCAAACUAUCAAUCCAAUAAUGGGAACGGUUUGGGUCUCUGCGGGCCAGGUAAUCCUGGAAGAACUAGCAGCCUUGAAAGCCUACCGUUUGUCAAGAUCGGAAAAUGCACCGCCGACUGAAGAGGAAACGGGUAUCCUCAGUGUUUUCGAGAACGGCUUGAGGGAUAUGAUGCCCUUAGGCCGAAGUUGCUGUCUCUUGAGAUAUCAGUUGAGCCAAAUUCAACAGGCUUAUGCAGCGCUCUGAUUAAGGCUUGAUUAUUUAUUAAUUUAUCUAAGCUAUUCAUUUAUUUAAGUGCUGUCCGCAUUUUUUAAUACAAUAUAUAUAUACACGUGGCCAGAUUUCGAUUCUAAUUU